AUGGUGGGCAAAUAGCUCAGGCGGUUGCUGGUUGUGAGGUGUAGCUCUCAUGCAGGCGUUCCCAGCCCUCUUAGUGUAGGCACCAGAUGUUAUUAUAAAGAUGUUAUUUUGAGGAUGUUAUAUCAAAAUAAAAGAUGUUAUUUUGAGGAUGCUCAUAUAGAAGAACCACUCCAGGAGAGGUCCUCAAUAUCCACGUCAAUAGUGAAAAAGAACCCACAUGAGAUCUUGAGUAUUCCAAGGGGCUGCACAGAGCAGUGGGAAAAAGGAGCUGGGUUUAUAAAUAAUGCAUUUCCUUUGUCUUGCAGGAGUUCUGGAGGCAGAGGUACAAUCAGAUCAGCUGUGAACAGCUUACAUAGCAAAUCUAAUAGAGCUGAAGUAGUAAUAAAUGACUCUUCGUCUCCAGCUGUUGUUGACAGAAGUAAUGAAAGCAUUAAGCACAACAUUAAACCAGCCUCAUCCAAAUGGAGACACAACCAGACACUCUCUUUGAAGAUCAGGAAACAGAUCCUGAAGUUCCUGGAUGCAGAGAAGGACAUUUCGGUGCUGAAGGGGACGCUGAAGCCGGGGGACAUCAUCCACUACGUCUUUGACAGGGACAGCACCAUGAACGUCUCGCAGAACCUGUACGAGCUGCUGCCCCGCACCUCGCCCCUCAAGGGCAAGCAGUUCCCCACCUGCGCCAUCGUGGGCAACUCGGGGGUCCUGCUCAGCAGCGGCUGCGGCCCCGAGAUCGACGCGCACAGCUUCGUGAUAAGGUGCAAUCUGGCCCCUGUCCAGGAGUACUCGCAGGACGUGGGCAUGAAGACAGACCUGGUGACUAUGAACCCCUCAGUCAUCCAACGGGCCUUCGAGGACCUGGUGAACGAGACGUGGAGGGAGAAGCUGCUGCAACGCCUCCACAGCCUCAACGGCAGCAUCCUCUGGAUCCCGGCAUUCAUGGCCAAGGGGGGCAAGGAGCGAGUGGAGUGGGUGAACGAGCUCAUCCUGAAGCAUCACAUCAACGUCAGGACUGCCUACCCCUCGCUGCGCCUGCUGCACGCUGUCCGAGGGUACUGGCUAACGAACAAGGUGCACAUCAAGCGACCCACCACCGGCCUCCUCAUGUACACCUUAGCCACUCGAUUCUGCAACCAGAUCUAUCUCUAUGGCUUCUGGCCCUUUCCCCUGGACCAGAACCAGAAUCCAGUCAAGUACCACUACUACGACAGCCUGAAGUAUGGCUACACCUCGCAGGCCAGCCCGCACACCAUGCCCUUGGAGUUCAAAGCCUUAAAGACGCUGCACCAGCAGGGAGCCUUGAAGCUGACAGUGGGGGAGUGCGAUGGGGCCACGUAG